AGAGAAAAUCUGCAAAAUGCCACUUCCAGCUGCAUUAGCUGCACGGCUUGCUAAAAGGGGACUUAUUUCUGGAUCGGAUAAACAUGAAUCUUCAAAAAAAGAAUCGAGGAAAAAGGUUCACGAAGAAGUGAUAGCUGAAGAUUACGACAGCGCAAAGGAUGACAUCAAUCAGAUUGAUAUUUCCCAAAAAUUUAUGGGAUACAGCGGUUGCCCUAACAAGUAUAAUAUUUAUCAUGAAUGUACAAAAAAGUGUAAAGAAUUAUGGGGACUUGGCCAUGUACAACCGUCUGAUAAGUACUUAAAGAAACAAAUGCGAUUGAUUCAGAGGUACCCAUUACCAGAGACUUGGAAAGCUAUUUAUGAUCCUGGAUCUGGUCAGCAUUAUUAUUGGGACUGGUCGUCAGACUUGGUAGCCUGGUUACCACCUGGCCAUCCAAAAUGUCAAAUAUCUCAACCAGCACCCCAACUGAGGGAAGAGUUACACCUCAAAGCAGCAGAUCAAGAUGAUAAUUUGUCGAGUGACGAUAGUGGUAGUGAGCAAGAACCAAUGGAAGUAGAUGAACCCGAAGCGAAAAAGGAUCGAAAGUCAGAAAGCAGAUUGAGGCACAAAUCAGGAGAUGGUAAAAGAAGUCAACGAAUGGAAAGGUCUGAGGCUAAAGAGAAAAAGGACAGGACAUUGGAUCCUAUGGAUCCAGCAUCGUAUAGCGACAUUCCACGGGGGAAAUGGUCUGAUGGCUUAGCAAGGCACAACGAAGCUAAAACAGGAGCAGAUACAACUGCUUCGGGGCCGCUUUAUCAAAUGAGGCCAUACCCGAGUCCAGGAGCAGUUCUUCGAUCGAAUAGAGCCAACAAAUCCGAGUUGGAAUCAUCUAAUAAACCCAAAGUAUCAUGUCCCGAGAAACCAGAAUAAACAUGUUAAGUUGUAAAUAAUAAAUAUUUGAAAUUGUGCUCUA